UUUGGAAGCGGAAAGGCUCGUUGUCGUCGCCCGUGCUUGCGUGCGUGCGUGUAUAUUGUGAUAAGUUUUAACAACUUUAAGUGGAGUGUUUUGCGACUGUUAGGAUACUAAAAGUUUAAUGGACCUAGCAUGUGUAUCGGUGACCGGAUGUGGCGUCAAGUCGAACUAACGACCGAGAGGCAUCGCUUCCGGAGCGAGUAAUCGAACCUUUGACCUCUGAGCUGUAAAGGAUGGACUACUGGACCUGUCUUGUUCUUUGGCAUGCUCUCGCCAUUCUAAAUCAUGGUGUGGCUGGGCUGAAACUGACCGCAUUACACAUAGACAAACACACGGUUAGAGGAAACGACUCUCUUCUACAAUGCAGAUACGACCUCCAGGACGAGACCCUAUACUCUGUCAAGUGGUACAAGGACGGCCACGAGUUCUACAGGUUCGUCCCGAGGGACUUUCCCGUCGUCCAGGUGUUCCCGGUUCCUGGAGUCUACGUUGACUUGGAACACAGUAAUGAGACCCAGGUACGACUGACGGCGCUGGACCUUGACAGCAGUGGAAGAUACAGAUGUGAAGUAUCCGCAGAAGCCCCGUCCUUCCAGACAGUCUCAGACCACGCCGACAUGGUCACUGUAGCGUUGCCUGAGAGAGGACCUGUCAUCACAGGGGGACGACCACGCUACAACAUCGGUGACAUCGUCAACGUCAACUGUACCUCUGGAGCCUCCAAACCAGCAGCACAUCUAGCCUGGUUCAUCAACGGGGAUCAGGUGAACAGCUCGUAUCUGCGAGGACCAGUAAGGGCGAUAGACGGCGAGGAAGCUCUGGAGACAACCACGCUGGGUCUACAGUUCCAGGUGGACGCCCGCCAUUUCCACAAGGGCGACAUGAAGCUGAAAUGUCUAGCUACCAUCGCUACUGUCUACUGGAAUAGCAACGAGGAGAGUGUUGAGGGGGAGAAGCCGUAUAAACCACCCGUCAUGGAGGUCAAGGACACGAGUCGGGCUGAUAGAGUUCAAGCCUCUACAACAGUUCAGAGUUCUGCCGCCAGGUCUCAGCACACGCUAAACGCUUUUAUUCUUAUUCUUCUUUCACCUGUACUUCUAAGGUAGCAGUGUAAACGUUUUUCGAGAGCUAGAUUCACCUAAGAAUUGACAAUUAGUGUAUUAACCUGCGGACUUUAACCAGAUUGAAUUUUUAAGGAACAUGUGGACGAUAUCUUAAAAUCUGUAGAUUCUCUGAUUACAUCAUGUGUUUGGUGUUUAUUGUAAAUUAGUGACUAAUUAAGUGAUGAUUGAAAUAUAAAUACAGGUUGUCCAUAAAAGAUUAGUACAAUAGUUAAGUCACACAGUUACUUUUUAAUGUAACAUAGAGUGUUUAAUGUUUACAUGCAGGAUACUGUAAUUAUCUAAGUCACAAUAAUAUAAAGUUUAGAACUCCGUGUGAUAAUUUUUGUCAAGUUUGUUCAUCUGAAUAUACAUUGUUACCUUAAGUAAAACUGUUUGACCAACAGAUACAAUGAACAAAUUAGCUUCAUUGUUUUCUUGACCACCCCUUGUAAUUUAAUUUAAUUUUGUAAACAACGAUCAUAGCCUACAAAACAAACACAUCUCAUUUCAAAGCCUAUGAUCUGAGAGUAAAACUAAUGAAAUUCUUAUUUUUUAUGUAUAAAAACUGAAUCCAACAUCCACUUCAAUCUAUGUGUGGAAUUUCGUUUCACGCAUGUUUUUUUUGUAUGUAACUGCCUGUUAGUUCAUGAAUUAAGGUCAUACUGUCGAUUAGACGACGUCCUUUACCUUAUUAGAAGAAAUCAUAAGGGAUUUUUUGAGAAAACAAGGAAUCCAGUAUGUUAGCUAACACCUACUUUUUUAAUGUGUCAAAAUUGUAAUUUUAGGUCCAAAUAGCAUUCAGAUAAGCAAACUUGACAACAAUUAUGAAUGAAACGAAACUGUAGAAUGUGGCUAGAUGGAGAGAAUGCAUAAUACUGACAACUGGUUCCAUCUGCUUUUGAAAAAAACUUUCAGAUCUUAUUUGGAUCGUACCAGUGGAUUACAUUUUAUCAGCUGGAGGUUAAGAACCAACCCGUAUGGAACACAGUACGAUGAAAAGUAACAUAUGCUUGACAUUAUACCAAUCUAUUGUGGACACACUACUUAUCGGACUACAUACAACAUUGAGAUAAAUCGUUGUUUAUUUAUAGUUUUAUCUGAUAAUACUUCAAUCUGGGCGAAAUCCUGCCAGGUUUUGUAUAAAUAUAUAUUCCUUGUACAUAAUUCAAUGUAUUAUUGUAUACAAACAGUGUUAAUAUACUUACUAGAUAAUUUCCUACAUUUAGUCAGUACUUUAAAGUUAGAUUUAUAAAAAGGAUAUUUUUGUGUUCUAUUCAUUCAUAACUGCACCGUAUUAUACUCUUGUUUAUAAGCUAACCAAUA